AUGCCCAGCGCCGGUCUGCCUACAUAUUCACAAAAAGGACAUCGCUUCCAAGGCUCGUGGACGAGGAAAGUUCUCCUUCCGAUACCAGGCAUUCCAGGCCGUCGUCUGCGUAUUUAUGUCCCUGACUAUGCUCGUCUGCAACAAUUCGGUGCCUCGCGGCUGAGCCGCAGGCGGGGAUUUCUGCUUAUGUGCGUCGCGUGUGCAGCGAUGGUCGUGACCGUGAUGUCGUUGAAGAAGACAUUUGGGAGGACGGACCCUUGGGUUGAGCCGUACCGGCCGCAGUUGGACCCGCCGACGCUGGUCUUCCAGAGGGACGACUUGAAGCGGAUAUGGAGCUGGGAGAUUGCUAGUGGUCAUUACCCUUCACGGCGGAGCAUACCGAAGCAAAUAGGAUUCAAGUCAUCACCACCAAAUCCUGCGCUGCCUGCUCAGCAACGAACGAUACGUCCUUCACGAUAUAGGCCGCCGUCAACGGUGGUCACGACUAGGGCGGACACCGAUACUAUCGGUGUCGGCCCAAAACGAAUAUACCUUGACAUACAGAGUUCGCUUCCGGACGUCGCCUACCCGCCACGUCCCGUUCCAGGGAGCGUCGCGGAUCUGGAUAUUCUCAUGAAACACUGCGACUUUUCUACAGGAAAGUAUGUACGCGAUUGUCUAGAAGUGCUACGUCUCGGCGCUGGGCUAGAUAAUGGGGAGCGAGUUAGACGAGGGGAGAUGGAUGACUGGAAAUACAUAUAUAUCGAACAGGACGCUGACACCGAGAACCUGACAUACGAUGACGAAGACGCCACUACCCCUCACCCAAUAUUCCGACCACCUCCAGCCACAUCACCGAAGGAAGACCCUAAUGCUGGUCUUCAAAAGAAGCCGGACGCCGAAUGGGAAUCACAGGUCGCCCUAUCCGAACCGCUCACCCACCGGACCUCCUCUGCUAAAUGCGACCCUGAAAAUCCCCGACUCUUUCAUAUGUUCUGGACAGGCCCGUUUACUGACAAGCCAUAUCUCGCACUCCUCUCGUUCUUGUUUACCCAGAAUACUGACAUCCAUCUUCGUGACAACCAAUUUGACGAGAGUGUCUGUCGCCCUCAGUUCUGGUUGUGGAUUAACCCUGGUCCCGCCGCAUCCGUGCCCAACCCCAACGCCGUACGGGACAUGUUCGAAGGACUAAAGCUCAACCCGUGGGCCUCACCUUUCCUUCACCCUCGUUUCAAAGAUGUCAUUAAAUUCAAGCUAUGGAAUACGACAGAGCAGCUGGAUGGUGUACCAGAGCUGAAAGAUGAAUGGCGUAUUCUCAAGGAUGCACUGUUUAACUCUGGCGGUUAUGUUAUAAGCGUUCCUGUUGAGGCGUCGUCGUCGAACGUGACAUCCACCGCAGCUACGGAGGAAGAAGACAUGGUCAACCGCGCUGGGUCCAAGUCGUCGAGCUCCUAUGACCGAUUGUCUGUCAUCCUAUCGGAUAUGGCGCGGUUUGUGCUGUGUCACCGGUUUGGAGGAAUUUAUCUCGAUGCGGAUACAAUAUUCCUUCGCGAUUGGGAGGAGCUCUGGGGUUGGACAGGAGCGUUCGCGUACCGGUGGUCCAGAUUGGAGAAGUACAACACGGCGGUGCUUAGGAUGACCAAAGGAUCAGCGCUAGGCACGUUCCUCUUCCGGACGGCGAUGAAAAAUGGGCUAGACUUCCAUCCCAUGAGUAUAUCUAGGUAUACGGCUGAUGCCUACCUGGAAGGAUUAUUAUUGCGAUUACCGGAUGCCCUCUUUGAUUCGGCAUGGUUAAAUACGGAGUACUAUCAACGAGAUCGCCCUCCACAGCCAUAUUUCACAGAAUUCGCAGACUUCUUCGAUACCCCAACACAAAACAGCGCUGCACCACAAGCGUUAGGCUUUAAUGGAUUCUUUAAAGGCGCGUACUCGUAUCAUUUCCACAAUUUCUGGUGGAAGCCGUUUGAUUUAUCACGGAAUUUCCCGGACCUUGGCCCGCGCUUCGCAGCUGGUGAACAGAUUGCCCGGAACGCUACUGACGAGGAGAGGAUACCGGAUAGGGUAGUGGACGACAAGCGCGAUCUGGACUGGUCAGCUGUGCUCAAAAGGACGUUUGAAUCUUACAUACGAGGCGAGCGACCGAAUAUGUAUGGCGAGUGGAUACAGUGGUAG